AAGUCAGCGGCCGCCGCAAGUACAAAAAAAGUCGUAGAACAUCCGUCCUACAACGAAAUGGUUCGCCAGGCUCUCGUCGCUCUCAAAGAACGCGGCGGAUCGUCCAGGCAGGCCAUACUCAAGUACCUCAUGGCAAACUUCAAGGUCGGAAGCGACGAACACUCCGUCAACACCCACCUCAAAGUAGCCCUGAGGAAUGGCGUCAAGUCGGAAACGCUAAAGCAGUCGAAAGGAUCUGGAGCCUCAGGCAGUUUCCGCCUCGGUGCCGCCAAAGAUACCAACAAAACUGUCGCCAAGCCGAAAAAAGACGUUGUCGCCAUAAAAACCAAAGCGGCUGCCUCGCCAAAAAAAGUUACAAAACCAGUCGAAAAGACUUCCAGUGUCAAGAAAGCCGUAAAGAAACCGCCUGCGGCCGCCAAAAAGAUCGCUUCUCCAAAGAAACCGGCUAAAAUAGUUAAAAAACAGCAGGCCAAGGAAUCUAGAAAACCAAAAUCGGCCACCACCAAAAAACAGGCAAAGCCCACCGCCGCGGCCAACAAAAAGAAGACUAGCGGCAGCAAGAAA